AUGGUACGCUUGGAAAGUGAAUAUAAUAGCGCUAGUAAUUUAGAAAAUAAUAGUGUGCUUAUGGAUGAUUUAGAAGAUAACGAUGCGUCUGUAAAUAGCUUAGAAAAUAAAGAUGAGGUAUAUUAA